AUGAAGUGCACUUUUGAACAUAAUAAAGGCUUGAAGGAUGUUUUAGCUAUCCUCAAUCAUAUUGAUGUGCAAAUACUGAGUUUAAUAAUUGAAAUUUUAUUAAAAGAAAAAUUUUCAGAUUCAAUAGGAUUUCUUUAAAAAUAUUAAAAUCAAAAGGUUUAUGAAUAAAGCAUUUUCAAAGUUGAAAAUAUAUAAAGUUUUGAUAAGUGGUGGAAGUUAGACACUGUGUAAGAGAACAUUAAGAAAUUUACUAAUGUUCUCAUAUCAAUGAAAAAUCAUGACUUUAAUUAGAAUGACUAUUCAACUAAAAACUACUUAUAAACUAAACAACUACUAAUUUAGGAAAUUAUAGAGAAUAAGAAGAUUAUUUAAUUUUUGAAAUUUUUAGUACACCUUACAGCUAUUGAUGACUUAUUCAUAUAAUCUGGAUCUAAUUCACUUCAUUUAUUAGUAGAAAUGAAGAUCAAUCUAAAGAAUUAAUUUUUUGAAGGCAUUAAGAUAAGAAACACUUCGUUGAUUGGAGCCAAUUUUUUCAGAUGCAAUUUGAAUAGAUCUGGAUUUGAAAAUGUAGACAUUAAUGGAAUUAAUUUGAAUGAGGCAUAGUUAUUUAAUUGUAAAUGGAAGAAAAUAAGAUUAAAUCAAUUAAUUAAAUUGGAUGGUCAUAGUGGAUAUGUCUACUCAGUCUGUUUCUCUCCUGAUGGUACUACUUUAGCAUCUGGUAGUGAAGAUAAAUCUAUCCGUUUAUGGGAUGUUAAAACAGGACAAUAAAAAGCAAUUUUGAAAGGUAAUAAAAAUGCUGUUAUAUCAUUAUGUUUCUCUCCUGAUGGUACGACAUUAGUAUCAGGUAGUGCAGAUAACUCUCACCAUUUAUGGGAUGUUAAAACAAAAAAAAAAAAAUUGAAAUUGUAAGGUCCUUAUAAAACUAUCUAUUCAGUAUGCUUUUCCCCUGAUGGUACUAAAUUAGUAUCUUGUGGUGAUGUAAAAGAUUCAAUCUUCUCUAUUCUAGACUUAGAUAUAGAUGAAAUAGAUGAUAAAGAUUUUUUUAUCUUUUUAUGGGAUGUUAGUACAGGAAAAUUUAAAUUUCUUAAGAAUUUUGCUCAUAAUUUGGCUCUAUCAGUAUGCUUCUCUCCUGAUAGCACAACACUAGCAUCUGGUAGUGCAGAUAACUCUAUCUGUUUGUGGUAUCUAAAGACAGAAAAAUUAAAAAUUAAAUUAAAGGAUCAUAGUGACAAAAUCUUAUCAUUAUGCUUUUCUCCUGAUGGUACUACAUUAGCAUCUGGUAGUGCAGAUAAGUCUAUUUGUUUGUGGGAUCUAAAGACAGGACAAUUAAAAAGAAAAUUAAAGGAUCAUAGUGACAAAGUUUUAUCAGUAUGCUUUUCUCCUGAUAGCACAACACUAGCAUCUGGUAGUGCAGAUAAGUCUAUCUGUUUGUGGGAUCUAAAGACAGGACAAUUAAAAAGAAAAUUAAAGGAUCAUAAUGACAAAGUCUUAUCAGUAUGCUUUUCUCCUGAUGGUACUACAUUAGCAUCUGGUAGUUCAGAUAAGUCUAUUUGUUUUUGGGAAACUAAUUUAGAGCAAUAUAAAACUUAAGGUCAUAGUAAUACGGUCUGCUCAGUAUGUUUCUCUCCUGAUGGUAAUACACUAGCUUCUUGCAGUGAUGAUAAGUCUAUCCGUUUAUGGGAAGCUUAAACAGGCAGAUAAAAAUCCAAACUAGAUGGUCAUAAUGAUACUGUCUGCUCAGUAUGUUUCUCUUUUGAUGGCAUGACCUUAGCAUCUGGUGGUGCAGAUAAGUCUAUUCGUUUAUGGGAUGUUAAAACAGGACAAUAAAAAGCAAAAUUGAAUGGUCAUACAAAUUUAAUCUAUUCAGUAUGCAUCACUCCUGAUGGUAACACAUUAGCAUCUAGUAGUGCGGAUAAAUCUAUUCGUUUAUGGGAAAUUAAGACAGGACAAUAAAAAUUAAUAUUAGAUAACCAUUAAAUUUUUUUCUAAUCACUUUAUUUUUCUCCUGAUGGUACUACAUUAGCAUCUGGUGGUGCAGAUAAGUCUAUUCGUUUAUGGGAUGUUAAAACAGGACAAUAAAAAGCAAAAUUGGAUGGUCAUACAAAUUUAAUCUAUUCAGUAUGCAUCNAUAGAUGAUAAAGAUUUUUUUAUCUUUUUAUGGGAUGUUAGUACAGGAAAAUUUAAAUUUCUUAAGAAUUUUGCUCAUAAUUUGGCUCUAUCAGUAUGCUUCUCUCCUGAUAGCACAACACUAGCAUCUGGUAGUGCAGAUAACUCUAUCUGUUUGUGGUAUCUAAAGACAGAAAAAUUAAAAAUUAAAUUAAAGGAUCAUAGUGACAAAAUCUUAUCAUUAUGCUUUUCUCCUGAUGGUACUACAUUAGCAUCUGGUAGUGCAGAUAAGUCUAUUUGUUUGUGGGAUCUAAAGACAGGACAAUUAAAAAGAAAAUUAAAGGAUCAUAGUGACAAAGUUUUAUCAGUAUGCUUUUCUCCUGAUAGCACAACACUAGCAUCUGGUAGUGCAGAUAAGUCUAUCUGUUUGUGGGAUCUAAAGACAGGACAAUUAAAAAGAAAAUUAAAGGAUCAUAAUGACAAAGUCUUAUCAGUAUGCUUUUCUCCUGAUGGUACUACAUUAGCAUCUGGUAGUUCAGAUAAGUCUAUUUGUUUUUGGGAAACUAAUUUAGAGCAAUAUAAAACUUAAGGUCAUAGUAAUACGGUCUGCUCAGUAUGUUUCUCUCCUGAUGGUAAUACACUAGCUUCUUGCAGUGAUGAUAAGUCUAUCCGUUUAUGGGAAGCUUAAACAGGCAGAUAAAAAUCCAAACUAGAUGGUCAUAAUGAUACUGUCUGCUCAGUAUGUUUCUCUUUUGAUGGCAUGACCUUAGCAUCUGGUGGUGCAGAUAAGUCUAUUCGUUUAUGGGAUGUUAAAACAGGACAAUAAAAAGCAAAAUUGAAUGGUCAUACAAAUUUAAUCUAUUCAGUAUGCAUCACUCCUGAUGGUAACACAUUAGCAUCUAGUAGUGCGGAUAAAUCUAUUCGUUUAUGGGAAAUUAAGACAGGACAAUAAAAAUUAAUAUUAGAUAACCAUUAAAUUUUUUUCUAAUCACUUUAUUUUUCUCCUGAUGGUACUACAUUAGCAUCUGGUGGUGCAGAUAAGUCUAUUCGUUUAUGGGAUGUUAAAACAGGACAAUAAAAAGCAAAAUUGGAUGGUCAUACGAAUUUAAUCUAUUCAGUAUGCAUCUCUCCUGAUUGUACUACAUUAGCAUCUGGUAGUGCAGAUAAGUCAAUCUGUUUAUGGGAUGUUAAAGCAGGGUAAUAAAAAGCGAAAUUGAUUGGUCAUAAAGAUGAUGUUUUAUCUGUAUGCUUUUCUCCUGAUGGUACUACAUUAGCAUCUGGUAGUGCAGAUAAGUCUAUCCGUUUAUGGGAUGUUAAAACAGGACAAUUAAAAGCGAAAUUGAAGGGUCAUUUUAAUUAUGUCGAAUCAGUAUGUUUUUCUCCUGAUGGUAUGACAUUAGCAUCUGGAAGUGCAGAUAACUCUAUCCGUUUAUGGGAAAUUAAGACAGCAAAAGAGAUUGAAAUAUCUGAAAAUCAUUAUUAAAACAUUCUGUUAUAAUUUAAAACACCUUUGGUAUAAAAUAAUCCACUUGCACAUAGUGGUAUUUAUGUUAAUCUUAUUUAGUCACUACUUAUCCUACCAUUCUGCUUAUAUCCGAAUAGCUAUCAUUUUAAGCAAAAGAAGCUCUAGUGUUCAAUGGAGAAUUUGUCAAUUAUAAAGGCUAUGAUUUCCUAUCAAUAUUAAAAUAAAAAGAAUGCUGUAUUUUGUAAGACUAAUUAUAAUUAAAAUACAAGUGUAAUUGA